AUGUUUCCCACGUUGUGCUGCGAGUUUCGCCGUGAACCUUGCAUACAUGUUACAAACCUGCGGUACGACAACCAAUAUUGUGAAUAUGCCAGCCUCGUAGUUACGACUGCACGCAACAUCACGGAACGAAGGCUGGGCUUUACUUGGCUCCGGGUUACACUGGGUUUCCACACCUCUGCCCAGGUGGCCGUUGGAUUUGGGCUUGGAGUCGCCAGUGCAACAGUCUGGCAGUUCCUUUAUGGUUCCGCAUUUCUUCCUGCGUUGGCGGCCGAUGCAACUGGACAAAUUCGACUGGGCUUCUACGUGGCCACAGCGAUGGCUGCCACCCUGUUUGCCAUCAAGGUGCUGAGAGACCGGCACACAGACAAGAAGCACUGUGAAGCGGUGAAAGUACCGGACUCUGAGAACUCCGCCGGGCCCGGAGAUGCUCUGAAAAGGCUGCGAAGCUGCGGCGCCCAAGCCGGGGUCCUACGGCGGCUGAAGGACCCACGUGCCGAGCUCGAACAGGGCUUUCGACAUGCCUUCUCGGGCAUUUGGAGCAAAACCGAGGAAGGUAACGGUAAAGCUGUCCUAGCAGUGCAGGACGUGGACAUCAUGUGGAAGAAGCUCCUGGUGAAGCGGCAAGGAGCUAGCGCCAACAUGGGAGCUCUGUUCAAUGCGCGGCGAUUGAAGGACGAGGUGGAGGAGGCUUCGAAGUCCACCAUCGACACGCAGCAGAAGAAGGCCAUGGCUGCCGGAAAGGUUGCCAACAAAGUGCAUGCUGUGGAUGAUGCUUGCCUGGCUUUGGAGAAGAAGGCGGUCAAGAACAUGGGCGUGGCAAACGUCUGGAGACGGAAUGACCUGGCUGUCCGCAGCGGUGGCAAUGGUCUUUGCGAGAUCAUUGUCCCACACGUUAAGGGCGAGAUCGAGGUCCGCAUGUGCGUGACUGGUGCCAACCUCUCGGUCGAGCGGGGUUCGCUCAUCCCGAUGGCUCGCAUGCAAAUGGAUGAGCUGAAGAGGCUUCUGGCCGAGGUCGAGUCGGCCAAAUCUGAACAGAUACGCUUGGAGAGCGCGGUAUUGCAAUGCAGCAGGGAUCUGAAGCAAAAGCACCAGAAGCUGAUCGAUCAGAUAGAGAAGGAGCUGGAGGAGCUGGAGCUUCGUGGUACCAAGUUCGCCCGUGAAUACGAUCUGCAUGUCCUUGGAACGGUGAGAAAGUUGCACACGGCUGUCAAGGCCGCAGACCUCCAGGAGCUGUGCGAAUUCGAAGUGACUUUGGCACUCUUCGUGAGCAGAGCUGCAGCGGUAUGCGACAGAGCUGGCCAGACCUGCCAGGGCAGCGCUGCCACUGAUGGCGCCACGGGGCAGUUUCCAUCCGAGCUCUUUGGGGUGCCACUGCAGACGUCAAUGGCGCCCUUCGCCAGCUGCCAGCGCCAGACAGAGGCAAUCAAGGAUGAAUUCAUCGUGGCAUCCCGUUCUGUCCUCAUGCAUGCAUACUCAGCAAGCGCGGUCACCCUGGUUGGUUUAGUCAGGGAUCAGCCGAUGGAGAAGGCUGAAGAGCUCUCCGCAGAGGCUGCCGAGGCCUUGGUUUCUGCCGUGGGCGUGGCCUCCUUCGUGGCGAUCGGCUUGGAGCUGGGCCACUGGCCGGCGGCUGCGAGCGGAACCUUCGCGAGCUCAGCUCGGUGCCCAGAGCUUGUAACACCCAAGCAGCUCAGUGACGCACAGCUCCUCAGACUCAGGCGAUUUGGCUCGAUCUGGGAGUGGACGAGCUACUGGGAGCAGGACAUAGGGAGUAGUAGUGAGUGA